AUGUCUGCCCUCCCCUACGAUGCCACUCCGCCACCAUCCCCUCCUCACCCCUCAGAGGAAAUGGCGGUAGAUCCAGCCAUACCCGACGCGCUCGACAGACCUCUGGACGAGUUCCAGCCGGCCGUCCCUGCCCAUGUAGCGGACCUCAUGAGCAGGAUGUCACACGGCAAGGUGUACCUCCUGGAGGAUAGCCCGGCGGUGAUACAUCUGGAUGGAGAGGCGAGGGCUAUGCGUGACCCACGCAUCGCAGCGCUCGCGGAGCAGCUGGACGAGCACGAUCCCACCGAAUGGCUGAAUGUCGUAUCUGCCUCGGCCCCAUCGGCAAUACGGCAUAACGCCCUCUACCUCCGGUCAGAUCUCAUCAAGCACCUAUCCACAAGCAAGAUCUUUAGCUGGGUCACCAGCAUGGGUACCACCGUCAUGGGUAUUGAAUGGCUGAACGACACCUCCCUUCACCUCCUCUUCCCUUCCCCUUCAGCCUCGCUACUCGCCCUCACCAUCCUUUCCAAAGCCGGCUUUGACCCGGCCGAAGGGGACGACCCUCUUCUCGAGCGCUCUGCGCAUUCCUUCCCGCCCUCGCUAUUCGCGCAGGUAAUAGCGGAGAAUAUGCCCAGCAAGGCCGGCGAGGAGCUACUCGGCGAGUCUACCGAGACCGACGGGGUCAAGCGGAGAGGACGCGGCGGGUUCCGAAGCGGCACCGCGAUGGACUCGUUGGCCGAGUCGUCCGUAUCAGCGCCCGAACCCGCGGCGAUGACGUUUUUGGAGGGUGUCGACCCACACGCGCGCGUGACGGUCCGGUUCGCCGUCGAGGGGGACAAGCAGCUGCGGCAGGACGCCAAGACGUCCGAGUGGUACAAGCGGCACGGGCGGAGAGCGGGCAAGGAGGUGGCAGAGACGAAGCGGAAUAGUCCGUAUGCGCGAUCAUGGAGGGAUGAGGAGCAGGAGGUGAUGGGUUGGACUGGAGGUGGGGAAGGCGGAGAGGGGAGGGAUCUGGCGAGGAGAUUAGGGAGGGGUGGGGGCCAAAGGGGAAGAGGAGGAAGAGUAGCGAGUAGGGGAGCAGCUACUGCGGAGGAUUUGGAUGCGGAGUUGGUGCAGAUAAGAGGUGGCGAUGACAGUGGGAGCAGGAGAGGUGGGGGAGGAAGGGGCAAGGGGCGAGGAGAGCGGCGACCACCAAGAGGGAAAGAAGAUCUGGAUAAGGAGCUAGACAAUAUGUUCUCUGGAGCGUAA